AAAUGCAGCAGGUUGUUUCGAGUGGGGCUGGGUCUGCAGCGUUUGAUCUAAGGGCGAGCUCCGUGUUGGGCAGCGCCUGCAAUCGGGAAAGAAUAACGGGGCAGGGAUUUGCAGCAUUUACACACAAUGCUGCUGCUUUCAGGAACAAGGGGCUGAAUUAGACUGGGAUGACUAGAAAGAGAGAGAAAAGGAGGAACCAUGUCCUUUCAUCCAUGCCGAGGGGCCGCUGCACACACUGGCCAUGGGGUGAUGCCGAAGGUUGGCGGUGCCCGGGGCAGGGUAACCCCGGGGGGCCGGGCCCCCCAGCAGUCCUUCGAGGCCGGUGCUGGAGGGGGUGGCUUUCGGCCUGUCCACCCACCGCCUCCAUUAUUCCCACCCGAGCAGCAGCAGCUCGCUUUGCCGAUGCCCCCUCCCCCACCACCACCACCACCUCCCCCUCCUCCCCGCUUCCCCAGCCCGCAGAGCCCGGUUUACCCAGGCCCAGGCUUCUUGGCCUACCCGCCACACAUCCCUCAGGCCUCAGAGCCUCGCCCGGGGCCGGCCGCCCAGCAGCUGAGGCCUAGGCCUCCUUACCCCGGGCCUCCGGUACCACGCUCGGGAUUCCCGUGCUUCACGCCGGCGCCGAAUGCGGGAGGCGCAGAGCGUGGGGCGGGUUACCAGCCGCUGAUGGCCCAGGCCCAGGCUCCGCUCCUACCCCCACAGCAGGCGACUUUCCAACCGCCGUACCCGCUGCCUUACCCCCAGCCCUACCCGCUCCAGCAUUUCGGUGGCGCCGGUUAUCCUCAGGCCCCGGGAGCGGGCGGUUAUCCUCCGGGAGCAGGAGCUGUCAUCCAUCCGGGCCCAGGCCCUGGGGGUUACCACAACGUCCCAUCGCCACAGCAACCGCCGCCGGGCCUGGGGUCAGGGCCACCCGCCGAGCACUUCCGUGACAAGCCGCAGCGCACGCCGCCCGCCAGAGUGUCCGGAGGACGGCACGAGGCCGAGCGUGAUAACCGCCACAAGGACAGGGCCUACCGUAACCGGGAGCAACGGCGGAGCCCAACUCAGGCCAGGCCUGAGCGCCGACACAGCAGGGACAGGCACAGGGAGAGGGACAGAGAUAGGAGGGUGGACAGCGGCCGCAGGAGGAUCAGUCAUGACCGGGAGAGGACACCGAGCCGGCACCGGGACCACGGGCACAGCAGAGACAGGCAUAAGCACCGUGACAGUUACCGAUCACCAUCCUAUGAAAGAUCACACAGACGAGAUCGGAAAAGGACACACAGCCGGUCAAGCAGCAGAGAAAAGAAGCGCCCUCGCUGGGAGAAUGAGAGAGAUCGAAGGUCAACAGGUCACAGUUCAAGUAAGGAGAAAUCUCAAUCUACCACUCGAAGCAAGGAGGUUGAAGCGAAUCCCUUCUCUGAAAAUAUUGAAGAGGAGAAGGAGGAAGAAGAGCUGCUGAAUACAAAGCCUGUGUGGAUCCGCUGUACUCACUCAGAGAAUUACUAUUCCAGUGAUCCCAUGGAUCAGGUGGGCGACUCCACUGUUGUUGGCACAAGUAAGCUCCGACAGCUUUACGCAAAGUUUGAUGAGGAGCUUGGGCAGAGGCAGGAAAAGGCAAGAGCUGCCAGACCACCCUGGGAACCACCAAAAACCAAAUUGGAUGAAGAACCAGAUGACAGCUCCAGUGAUUCGGGUUGUGACUCAGAUGAUAACAGCAGCGGGAGUAGCACCUGCAGCUCAGACUCUGAAAUCAUCGACGUCAUUGAGGAAAUCAAACGUAGAAAGGCACACCCUGAUCGACUACAUGAGGAGCUUUGGUACAAUGACCCAGGCCAGAUGAAUGAUGGUCCAUUGUGUAAAUGUAGUGCCAAGGCUAAACGAACUGGGAUUCGACAUAGCAUCUACCCUGGUGAAGAGCCAAAUGACGCAUGUCGUCCAAUGACUAAUAAUGCAGGGAAAUUAUUCCACUACAGAAUCACAGUGUCCCCACCCACAAACUUUUUGACUGAUAGACCAACCGUGAUAGAGUACGAUGACCAUGAAUAUAUCUUUGAAGGAUUUUCGUUGUUUUCUCACACUCCUCUUAAUAACAUUCCAUUGUGCAGGGUCAUUCGUUUCAAUAUCGACUAUACCAUCCACUUCAUUGAAGAAAUGAUGCCAGAGAAUUUCUGUGUGAAAGGAUUGGAAAUGUUUGCCUCAUUCUUAUUCAAAGAUAUUUUAGAGCUUUACGACUGGAAUAUUCACGGUCCUGUGUUUGAAAACGGUGUUCCAUCUUGUCCAAGGUUUCAUUUCCUGCCCCGUUUUGUUAGAUCAAUACCCGAUAGUGGGAAAGAAGUCCUGUCAAUGCAUCAGGUGCUGCUUUAUCUGUUGCGCAGCAGUAAACCCCUGGUUCCUGAGGAGGAGAUUGCGAACAUGCUGCAGUGGGAGGAGUUGGAAUGGCAGAAGUAUGCGGAAGAAUGUAAAGGCAUGAUAGUAACCCACCCAGGAAUGAAACCCAGUUCUGUUCGUAUCGACCAAUUAGACCGGGAGCAGUUUAACCCUGAGGUCAUAACUUUCCCGAUUAUAGUUCAUUUCGGCAUUCGGCCUGCUCAGCUAAGUUAUGCUGGAGACCCACAGUACCAGAAGCUGUGGAAGAGUUAUGUCAAACUGCGUCACCUGCUAGCAAACAGCCCCAAGGUCAAACAAGCAGACAAACAGAAACUGGCUCAGCGAGAGGAAGCUUUGCAGAAGAUCCGUCAGAAAAAUACAAUGCGACGUGAGGUAACAGUCGAACUGAGCAGUCAAGGUUUCUGGAAGACUGGUGUCCGCUCAGAUGUCUGUCAACAUGCCAUGAUGUUGCCAGUAUUAACCCACCAUAUCCGAUACCAUCAGUGUCUGAUGCACUUGGAUAAGCUGAUAGGCUAUACGUUUAAAGAACGCUGCCUCCUCCAGCUUGCAAUGACCCACCCAAGCCACCACCUGAAUUUCGGAAUGAACCCAGAUCACGCACGCAACUCUUUGUCAAACUGCGGUAUCCGACAGCCUAAGUAUGGAGAUAGGAAGGUUCAUCACAUGUAUAUGAGGAAGAAAGGUAUAAAUACUUUAAUCAACAUUAUGUCACGCCUUGGUCAAGAUGACCCAGCACCCUCAAGAAUUAACCACAAUGAACGACUGGAGUUUUUGGGAGAUGCUGUGGUUGAGUUUUUAACAAGCGUACACUUAUACUUUCUGUUUCCAAAUCUGGAGGAGGGUGGGUUAGCUACCUACCGCACUGCGAUUGUGCAGAACCAGCACCUUGCUAUGUUGGCCAAGAAACUGGAAUUGGACCGUUUCAUGCUGUACGCCCACGGACCUGAUCUCUGCAGGGAAUCCGAUUUACGUCAUGCGAUGGCUAAUUGUUUUGAAGCUCUGAUAGGUGCUGUCUACUUGGAAGGUGGCCUUGAAGAAGGCAAGCACUUGUUUGGGCGACUGCUGUUCAAUGGCUCGGAUCUGCGGGAUGUAUGGCUUAAUUAUCCACUUCAUCCUUUACAACUACAAGAAUCAAAUACAGACAGGCCUCUCAUUGCCACUUCUCCUGUUCUAAAGAAGCUGACUGAUUUUGAAGAAACAAUUGGAGUGAAUUUUAUUCACAUACGUCUUCUGGCUCGAGCCUUCACUUUGCGAACCGUUGGAUUUAAUCAUCUAACACUGGGUCACAAUCAGAGGAUGGAAUUCCUUGGUGAUUCUAUAAUGCAGUUGGUAGCCACUGAGUACUUAUUCAUCCAUUUCCCUGACCAUCAUGAAGGCCAUUUAACGCUUUUGCGAAGUUCCCUGGUCAAUAAUCGUACUCAAGCCAAAGUGGCAGAAGAGCUGGGCAUGCAGGACUUUGCCAUCACAAAUGAUAAAACCAAGCGACCUGUGGCUCUACGUACCAAAACUCUUGCUGACCUUUUAGAAUCAUUCAUAGCUGCACUUUACAUUGACCAGGAUUUGGACUAUGUUCGUACUUUCAUGAAUGUAUGCUUCUUCCCACGAUUGAAGGAGUUUAUCCUGAACCAAGAUUGGAAUGACCCUAAAUCUCAGCUUCAACAGUGCUGCCUGACUCUUCGGACAGAAGGCAAAGAGCCAGACAUCCCUUUGUACAAGAUUCUUCAGACAGUGGGACCAUCCCAUGCCAGGACAUACACUGUGGCUGUAUAUUUCAAAGGAGAGAGGAUUGGUUGUGGUACAGGUCCAAGCAUUCAACAAGCAGAAAUGGGAGCUGCUAUGGAUGCAUUGGAAAAAUAUAACUUUCCCCAGAUGGCUCAUCAGAAGCGCUUCAUUGAGCGGAAAUACAGACAGGAGUUGAGAGAAAUGAGGCGGGAAAGAGAGCAACAGGAGAAGGAUCCCAGUGAGACCGAGGAGAGCAGAAAAUAAAUGAGUACAUGAAAACUGUGGCAUAUUUACCUCCUUAAACAACUGCAAUUCCAGCCACGUUUGCCUUUGGGGACAUAACCUAUUUUUAAUGUGAAAGUGAAUGAGGAGUCAUGAAAUGUGUGCAACAAGCCUGAGAGAUGGUGUUCCACUCUUUUAUCAAUGAGGUAUGAAGCUCAUAGUCCUGACCAGGAAGCAUUAUCUAGACCGGGUGAUUUGUCUCUUGUUAUUUAUACAUGCAUUUGAAUGCAUUUUAUUUUACCUUUAAUUAUUUGGUUUCCCACUUGAAGGUUUGGAGUCUUGAUUUUCAAAACAGCUGUUUUUUUACUUUAACCUGUUGUUUUUUUAUUUUGGGGAAUUGUGUGUGCGCGCGCGCGCAUGCAACUUGACAUCUGUAACACCUUGAUAAUAGGUCAAUAAAAUACCUCCUUACUCAUCAAAAGAAAACCCGGCUUUAUGGGACCAGCAUUUUGCCCAGAAUGGAAUGCAAAACGUUCAAGAAAUAAUAUUGUGCUUUUGGUCAGAUUUGCUCUGAUUAAAACUGUAUAUUGAGUGUAAAUCUUUGUACCAUUACUUAUUAAACCAAUUAAUUCCA